AUGCCAGAAGGACUAGCAGAAAUGCUUAUGGAUACAUGGGCUCCAUUAGUAAUAUUAUGGAUUACUGCAUUUCCAUCUAUAUACAUGGCUCCAAUGAAUCAUUCUCAAGUACUACCCAGCAGAUCCAGCAGAGGACUAAGUGAACUCAAUGAAGAACAAAGAGUGUUGAACCGUUCGAAGAGAGGCUGGGUAUGGAAUCAAAUGUUUGUGUUAGAAGAAUUUUCUGGACCUGAACCAAUAUUAGUUGGACGGCUACAUACGGACAUGGAUCCAGGAAGCAGCAAGAUCAAGUACAUCUUGUCAGGUGAUGGUGCUGGGACUAUCUUCGUGAUCAAUGACAAGACAGGAGACAUCCACGCUAUGAAAAGACUUGACCGGGAAGAAAAAGCAGAGUACACGUUGACCGCUCAAGCAGUCGAUAGGGAUACAAACAAACCACUGGAGCCUCCUUCAGAAUUCAUUAUUAAGGUCCAAGAUAUCAAUGACAACCCACCAGAAUUUGUAGAUGGCCCAUAUCAUGCGACUGUUCCAGAAAUGUCUCUUGUAGGUACAUACGUUACUAAAGUGACAGCUACCGACGCAGAUGAUCCUGUUUAUGGAAACAGUGCCAAGCUAGUGUACAGUAUUUUGGAAGGACAACCUUAUUUUUCAGUUGAGCCACACACAGCUAUCAUCAAAACUGCUCUUUCAAACAUGGACCGGGAAGCCAAAGAGGAAUAUACCGUGGUCAUCCAAGCAAAGGAUAUGGGUGGACACAUGGGUGGACUCUCUGGAACCACCACAGUGACUAUUACGCUGACUGAUGUCAAUGACAAUCCUCCAAAGUUUGCACAAAGUUUGUAUCAUUUCUCAGUAUUGGAAGACAUUGCUGUCGGCGAAGCAAUAGGAAGGGUCAAAGCGAAUGACCUGGACAUUGGUGAGAAUGCGAAGUCGUCCUAUGACAUUAUUGAAGGAGAUGGAAUGGAUAUCUUUGAGAUCACCUCUGACUCUCAGGAAGGAAUUAUUAGAUUAAGAAAGCCCUUGGAUUUUGAGACCAAAAAUUCAUAUACCCUGAAGGUAGAAGCAACUAAUGCCUAUAUUGAUCCACGUUUCAUCAGCAUGGGACCCUUCAAGGAUACGGCAACAUUAAAAAUUGUAGUGGAAGAUGCUGAUGAACCCCCAAUUUUUUCAUCACCAACGUAUCUACUGGAAGUGCAUGAAAAUGCUGCUAUUAACUCCGUGAUUGGUCAGGUGACCGCCCACGAUCCAGAUGGAUCUUCAAGCUCUAUAAGGUACUUCUGCUUUAAAACAGUUAUAUUCCUGCUGCAGAAAGGGCUUAAUGUGUAUGAUACCUGGGAGACCAUCUCCAAUCUCCAGUUGUGUUUGACUUUUUUCCCUCCUGUAGAGAAUUUAGGAAUUAAAUUUAGUCAGAUCAUUUCUCCAUCUAGUAAAGUCAACUCAGUCCACAGUUCUCUAGAUUUUCAA